AUGCUGCUGCCGACCCCAAUAGACGAGCGACAGAGUCCACUGCGGUCUCCGAUCCGACGAAAGCGACUGCGGAAGCGUCUGCGCCGACGGAAGCUGCGACGUCGAGCGAGACGAACAUGGCACACUUCUCACGCCUCGUGGCCGCCGCACGCCUCGGCCGACUACAUCGUGGAUCACUCGCGCCAGGACAUCGCAGGAAUCAGUGCCGCUCGCUUGGUGGAGCGUCUUGGUGAGCGCAAAGUGAACACGCAGACGCUUCCUCGAGUCAUCUCCAUGCCACUGCCGCCACUGCGUCAAGCCAAACCAAGCGCAGCAUUGGAACCCAAGACGAGGCCGCUGUACCACCAGCCAGCCUGGAUCUCGCCGGAGCUGCACACGUGGCUCGUCCAGUCGGGGCUCUUCGCAACCAAGCCGCGCCACGAGCUGCUGUCGUUGGAGCUCUGA